UCUAUUCAGUUUUCCUCUCAUCUGAUAAGCUGCACUUCUUUUAUUUUCCUCGCUUCUUUCUCCCAGUCUGAAGCCCUGCUCCUCUUUUCUCUCAGCCCCUCACUCCAUUUACUCCUCUCACCCUUUGAUGUGGUUUUUCUGUACCUCCUCGCUCUCUUACUUCACAUCUCUCUUUCUCCUGAAGAUGAGAUAUAGUGCAUUAAUGUUACAGGGACUAAUACGGAUGUCUCUGAAGUAUCAGGCUCUUAUUAUGUAGUCAUAUUAAGGGAAGAAAACAUAUAAUGAGUAGUCAUAGACCAGGCACAAGAUGAUGGCUGUUCCAGUUGCCGUCACAUUUCCUUUUCUUCAUGAUUAUAAUGGUGGUAGAGGUAAUGAAGAUGACACGGAUGAAGAUAAUGAUCAUAAUAAUGGUGAUGAUGGUGAUGACAAUAAGAGGGAUAAUCAACAUAAUGACAAAGUUCACCUCGCCUAACGCCGUUGCAGGGAAAACAAGGACUGCAUGGAGUUCGCUCGGAUCCACCCAUCCAGUAGCUGCCAUGGUGACCUGACCCCUCACCUCCUUGUCCCCGGUGGAGCAAACCAAUUAGGGGACCCUGUUGCACAUGCUCACCCAGCUCACCGCCACUGGAUGCAGAGGACAGGAAGUCCCUCCCUCUGGAUGGGCCCUUCAUACGGUCUGAGCCAUGUGGGGAUGAGCCCCAGCUUCCCACCAGGUCUUCCCAACCCUCUACAGCCAGUCUUGGGGUCCCUCAGCCAAGAUCCUAACUCCCCUCUUGUGGUUCUUCCUACAGAACCAGGGCCUCAUCAUCCUCUCGGUAUGAAAAGCAGACUUUCACAGCAACAACAGUAUGCAUAAUGAUUGUUGUGUACCCAGGCUUACUGCCUUGCUGCCUCCUGCUUUCUUCUCAUUUGUACAAUGGAUGCUGCUGCUGCCGGUCCUCUCUCUGAGUUUUAGUAUCACUGGCUAAUCAUAAUAUAAUGCUCAACUAAGCCCCUCUGUCAGAGGGACAAUGUUUUAUUGCUUUGUUAAUGGGAGCUGCUAUUCCAUUGCCCCCUCUGCAUGUGCCUAACAUUACGCAAACCAUUUGAACUGGCGUUUCAUCCCUCUUGUGGUAGAGUGUAGAGGUGCUUAGACUGUGUGUGCAUGUUAAAAGUCAUGUUAAUGUCUAAAGCAACAUGUAGGGACAGUGUUACAUUUACAGUUAUGGUAUAGAAAUG